AUGGCUUCAGCGAGUAUAAGUAAUGGACAGCCAGCACGAUAUUUCGAUUUAGUCAAUCAACCAGAAACAUUAAAACUAAGAAAUGGUCUUUCAAUACCUGCUUCUGAAUUGAAAGAUUUUUCAGAAAAACGAAGUUCUGUACCAAUUGAGUGGGAUGUUAACUUUGGUGAUGUGAUCGAUUGGUCAAGUGAUCGUCCAACAGAAGCUUAUUUUGUUCUAGAAGAUAGAACUUUGUUGAAAAAUCCAGAUAGAAGUGGAUCAGGUUAUUUAACUAUUCCAUUUGAUGUUGCGAACACUACUCGGAAUGUAUUACUUGAAUAUAAAAAUGUAAUUGAAAGUAUUGGAAAAGAUAAUGUUUCAACCAUUGAAAUACAUCCACAAGAUAUAUUUAUCAAAGAAAAUUGGGGUGAACUUCCGCAUGAAAUACUAUCAUCUAAUGUUCAAUUCACGUAUGAUCCACGCGAAGAAUUUCUUCAUGUUAGUCUGCCACAGAUAUCAAAAUCAAAAGAAUUUAAAUUAGGCUCAACAACUAUGAACAAUAUUCAAAUAUGGUUUACAAGUACGUUGAUAGAACAAGCUUCUUUCCGAGUGAAAUACAAUUUCUUUGGUCCGCUAUUUCAAAAAUAUCAUCAAUUGUACAAAUUGCAUAUGCUAAAUUUUUCACUGCCACAAACUUGGUCAGUAGCACCUGGUACAACAGAUAUUGGUCAUGAUCAUUGUCAUGGUGAAUGGAUUUUUCAAGGUGAUCGCCAACAUUUAAAAGAAGCUAAACGAAAUGUUCACGAUUUUUAUAAAGAUCUUCCGGUAAUAAUUGAAGAGAUACAUGAAAAUUAA